CACUGGGGAAGGGGGGCGGAUUUCGGCAGAGCCGGGGUUCACCGGGCGCCUGCUCUCCUCCCCAGGAGUGUCCCAGCGGCCUUGUGGAUGAGGAGACCUUCAAGCUCAUCUACGCGCAGUUCUUCCCCCAAGGCGACGCCAGCACCUACGCGCAUUUCUUGUUCGACGCCUUCGACGCCGACCGCAACGGAGCUCUCUGCUUCCAGGAUUUUGUCAUCGGUCUCUCCGUCUUGCUGCGGGGGACGGUGCAGCAGAAGCUGAAGUGGGCUUUCAACCUCUAUGAUAUUAAUAAAGACGGCUACAUCACCAAGGAGGAAAUGCUGGAGAUCAUGAAGUCCAUCUAUGACAUGAUGGGGCGCUGCCCCCACCCCACCCUGAGGGACAGCGCGCCCGCCGAGCACGUGGAGCUCUUCUUCCAGAAGAUGGACAGGAACGGUGACGGCGUGGUGACCUUCGAGGAAUUCCUGGAGACAUGCCAGAAGGACGAGGACAUCAUGAGCUCCAUGCAGAUCUUCGAGAACGUGAUCUAG